AACAAAGCCAUGCAAAGUUGCCGUUUCUAGCCUAUCUAUUUCUCGCCAUUUGUGUCCUAAAAAACGCUCUCUUUAUUUCUCAUCCUUCUUCAAUUUAGCCACUCCGCCUCUAUAAUUAGCAAUCCCACCCCAAAUAUCCCUUCAUUUCUUCUAUAUCUAUAUAUCCAGAGAAAUUCACGAAAAAAGAUCACAUUUUUAUUUUCUGUUGAGCUCGGAUUUUGAAAAAAGUUGGGAUUUUUGUGGGGUUUGAUCAGUUGGGUAUUUUUGAUAUUGGGAGAGGUGAAAUGGGUAGGGGGAAGAUUGAAAUAAAGAGGAUUGAAAAUGCAAAUAGUAGGCAAGUUACAUUCUCAAAAAGACGAGCUGGGCUGCUUAAAAAAGCUCAGGAACUUGCUGUUCUUUGUGAUGCUGAGGUUGCUCUUAUUAUUUUCUCUAAUACUGGCAAGCUUUUUGAGUUUUCUAGCUCUGGCAUGAAAAGAACACUUUCAAGAUACAACAAGUGCCUAGACUCCCCAGAGCCUGCUAGAAUAGAGUACAAGCCAGAGAAACAGAGUUUGAAGGAAGUAGAUGUUCUAAAAGAAGAAAUAACAAAGCUGCAAGCGAAACAGUUGAAGCUUUUGGGCAAGGACCUGGCUGGUAUGGACUUGAAAGAAUUGCAACAUCUAGAGCAGCAACUAAAUGAAGGCUUGUUAUGUGUGAAAGAGAAAAAGGAGCAAUUACUGAUACAACAAUUAGAGUAUUCAAGAGUACAGGAACAGCGUGCUAUGCUGGAAAAUGAAACUUUGCGCAGACAGGUGGAGGAGCUUCGAGGAUUCUUUCCGUCAACUGAUCACUCAGUUCAACCUUAUCCUGAAUACUAUUCCAUAGAUCAGAAGCAUUCUCUCGUAAACAAUGGUUCUGCCAGCCCUGACACAGCAGCGUACAAUUGCUCAAUGGAUAAAGGGGAUUCAGACACCACCUUGCACUUAGGGCUGCCAAACGAUGCUUAUCGAAAGAGAAAGGCACCCGAGGGAGAAAGCCAAUCGAAUGAUUCAGAGAGUCAACUAACCCUGCGGUGAUUUGCAUUUUGCUUUACUGUUAAUAGAAACAGAACUGAAAUGGUAGAGUUGGUUCUAGCAGUUUCUUGAGGCAUCAGUUUAGCUUUAAAACAAAAAUUAGCUGUUAGUAUUACCUCAGUUACAGAUGUUGGUACUGUAGGAGUAAAACUGAAGUUUCAGGUGACAGAAAUGGAAUCAAAUGGUAGCUAGUGUUACCCAAUUUUGAGUUAAUGAAGGUUUAUAGAUCCUUUUUCA